AACCAUGAACUUCGAGAUUGAUACCCAGAGGAUUUGCAAAGAGCUGGAGAGCACUGAUCGGCGUCUUAAGACCAACGUUCUGGCGGAACUGCGUGAUCAGUGCGAGAAUGCAUCCGACCAAUAUAUGACCACUAACAAAACAGCCGAGAUCUUCGAUCAGCUGUACCUGCAUCUAUUGAAGGCCUACGAUGAUCGCUUCGAAAGUGUUCGCGAUCAUGCCGUUCAGGCGGUCAAUGCUUUUCUGAACCGACUUCCGCCCAUGGAUUUCCAUCUGAUGAAUGUCGUUUCCACUCUGGCGGAACGGAUGGGCAAAGCCGAGACCGUGGAGCCCAGCGAGGAGAUUCGCCUGCUCUACAUUGGCCAGCUGAAUCUGAUGGUCUGCCAAUAUGCCAAGAUGGGAAGUGUUGGCGUCUUCAGGGAGUGCUAUCCGAUGGUGGUAAAGAUUCUGAUCAAGUCCAUCAAGGAUGACUAUCCGGUUGUUCAGCGCGAGGGAUGCUCCACGUUGGUGAAUCUCGCUCGUGUGGCUGAAACCGAGGAGCUGCGUCCCUUCACGGAAUCCCUACUUGUGGCUCUCUACGGCAUGUUGAAUCACAAACAUGCCCAGGCCAGGAUCACAGCCAUCGAGGCCAUCGGCAGACUGAGUCUGCACAUGGACGCCAGUGGUGAGGCGAUGAGGAGGCUGUUGAAUGAGGUCUCGCCCCUUCUGAUGGACACAAUGCCCCUGGUUCGCCGUGAAGUCGGUCAGAUGGGCAUUCUCAUGCUAAUGCAACUGAUGGAUCGCUACUCCUUCUUCGAGCGAAUUCUACCCCUAGUUUUGUGCUGCCUAAAGGACGAAUCUCCGGAGGUUCUGAGUCACAUCCAUCCCCAGUGGCUCGAGUGCGGCAAGCAAUAUUUCGAUGAAAACGAAGCCGAGUUGUCGCAACAGGAGAUCAGUGAUCUGCCAGUUGAGAAUUAUCCAGCUAAUGUCAAGCGUCCCACCAUCGGAUGUCGUGGUUUGGUGCAGCGUUCGCUGAGAUUACUGCAACUUAUAACCCGUGAAACGGGCGACUGGAAGGACAAUGUUCGCCUCCACUCCCUGAAGCUCCUCUACCAGUUUGUUUUGCAUGCCGAGGCCGCCAUGACGGCCAAGUUCUUCGAGAUCUAUGGCGAUUUGGCCCACGCCUGUGUCGAUCCGGUGGCGGAAGUCAAUGCGGAGGCGGCCAAGGUGGCCGAUUUGAUGGGUCGCCUGUUGAUGUACGAAGCUUGGAUUGAUCACGGCUUCGAUGGCCUGGAGCGCAAUGCUCGAGAGUCCUAUAUGCGAUGCUUCUACCACAUGUUCACCGCCUCCCUGGGCGGCACCUACUCCCAGUUGCUGAAGUUGGCCAAACUCCUCCGGAGCACUGAUUACUCGCACACCCUAAAACCGGGCUUCCAGUUGUACAUACUCAAACUAUUGGAUACCAUAGUGGACAAGUCGCUGAAGGUCAAUGCCUCGCAGGAGGAACUGGAGGAUCUCUACGAGUCGGUCUAUGUGAGCGGCGUUAAGGUGAUGUCCCUGUGCUACUCCCUCAACAGCAACGGCAAUGAAGACGUCAAUCUAGGAGAACUGCUCAUCGAAAGAAUUGUGGAGCUCGAGCAAAGUUCAUUGGCCAAAAUUCACGAACGUUGGUUCCAUUUGGCCUUGAAGGAUGUCGAGAAUCUGGAUGCUGCUUUGGAGGACAACGCUGAACCGGUGAUGCUGCUCGAUGGCUUGAUAAACAUGUGCCACCUUCGAGCCACUUAUAUGACAGAUCUAAUCUCCAAGGUGAAGCUGGUCUUUGAGCAUUGCUGCGAUAGUGCUCAAGUGAAGAUCUUUGGGAGUCUUUCGGUGGCCACGCUAUUCUGGUCGAAAACUAUGGACGUAGAACGUGAGCGCAGCACUCAGAUACUGAGUGAGUUCAUAUCGCAAAUUGUGGAACCCUAUCUGACCUGGAAGGCUGGAUCGAAUGCCGAGGCCAUGAGAUCCCUGGCCAUGGCCACACUGUGUGCCUUGGCUCAGGGAGCCGAAGACGAGGCCGUGGAAGUUUUGCCCUCGCUGGCCAAACAUAUGCCCAGUUUACUCGAAGAUCGUAAUGUGACCACCCGUCAUUAUGCCAUCAAGGCGGUGAUUUACUUCCGGCAAAUGUCUGUGGAGGACUUGAAGCCUUUAGCUUAUGCCACCAUGCAGCGCAUGGAUGAUCCAUCUGCGGGUAUUCGUAUCCUGGCCGCCUUGGCUGUGGGUAAAUUGAAGCCCAAGUUCAGUGAUUCCGAGAAGGAGGCGGAACACGAGAAGGAGGUCUGGGAUGUUUUCGUCACACGUGCCAUGGACCUGCUGUUGCUCUACCACGAGAGUCCUGAGAAGGACAUCAAGGCAGCUGUGGAGGUUACCCUCAGGGUGCUGGCCCAAUCUCAUCCAGUUGCCUGGGAGGAUCGCUACAAACGAGCCUCGGCCAUGGCUCAGAACAAGGAUCAGCUUAACGAACUCUACAAAAGGCUAACCCUCAAAGACGUACCAGAUCCUGAGGCUUCAACUGCAUCCUAGAAUCGCACAUACACUUUUCAUUACAUUUUUCCUUAUCCAUUUUCUUAUUCAAAAGCGUUUACCUAAGCAUUUUCAAUUUAAAAUUUUCAUUGUCAAUUAAAUUCCAAUUUUCGGAUUAACAAUUCAAUUUCCCUUUGCCAUUUCUAGUUUACAUUCUGGCAAUUGCCUCAAUUGACUAUUACUGUUCCACUUCCAAGUAUUAAGAACUAUUGUAAACAAAGCCCCAAACUAUAAAGUAAAAUUUGUGCAAACCAAAAUCUCACAAAUCUCUUGUUUAUUUUGCCAUGGCCAAAAAUAAUCCGUUUGAUGAUGAAUUGGGUUGCAAAUAGGGGAAGCAAAGCAUCAAAAACUGCAAUUAAUAUACAGCACGAUAUUGGGUUAAAUACUUGAUAAAUAUACGAGUUUAUAAAUAGACGGAAAUGGGAGCAGAAUGCAUAUAGAUGGAAAAGGAACCAAAAAAAAAGGAAAUUCAAAAAUACAGCAAAUUGUUUUAUGUUGGGGCUGUAGUAAUUACAAAUUCCUUCGGGACGGUUACCAGUCAAUUAGCUGCGCAAAUACAUUUUUCCAGACCUCUCAAUCAAC